AUGGCUGUCGGAUUUCUCAUUUGGGAACUUAUGGUACUGCAAGAAAGAGUGCGACAAAUGGAAAGGCGCAUAGAACGGAGAAUGUUGAGAGACGUGCAGAAUCCAUUUGAUCUCCCUCAUAAUGAAUUCAUGCAUAUUUUUCGCAUAAGUCCAGAUCUUGCAAUGGAAUUAACAAAUUUGUUAAGGCCUGAUCUCAUUCGCCAACGUUCUACUGGUAUAUCUCCUGAAAUACAAACGUUGAUAACCAUUCAGUUCUAUGCACAUGGCAGUUAUCAAAGACCAACGGGGGAUCAAUUCAACUUCAAUGUAAGCCAACCAGUAGUUAGUCGAUGUCUCCAUGCAGUGACAACUUUGAUUAAUCAGCAUCUCUUGCGCCGUUGGGUGCAAUUUCCCAUGACUCGAGAAGCACGCCAAGAAGCACGUACAAAAUUCCGUAAUGCACCACAGCCGUUUGAAGGAGCAAUUGGAGCAAUUGAUUGCACUUUCAUUAAUAUUUUAGGUCCAACAGAACACGAAGAAGCAUUUGUAAACCAUCAUGGGAAUCACUCGUUGAAUGUGCAAGCUAUAGUAGAUCCAGAUAUGAGAUUGCUCAAUAUCAAUUCAAGGUGGCCAGGGGCAAGAAACGAUUCCUUCAUAUGGACCAAUUCUCCAAUCCGUCGGGCCAUGAAAUUUCACUAUGAUAUGGGCGAGCGUCGAACGUGGUUAAUCGAUGAUUUUUAUGUAGAAAAUGAAGUUAAUGUUGAUAUGCCAAUACAAGAUGUUGGGCAAGCCGAAAAUGAAAUCAGGCAAGGCCCUCGUGCUAUAGCACAACGUAUUCAAGAUCAAAUUAUGCGAGAACGAUAUGGAUACGUUCCUGAAGUUAACCUGGAUCCCAACUGA